AUGGAACAAUUAGAUGGUCUAUUGAGGCAAAUUAACCCUUUUGCUGCAUCAUAUCUUCAGAUGCAUCAGUUUAUUCAAUUAAACCCUGCAACAGAUGUAAAAUUAGUUUUUAUGGAAGAUCCCUCUUCAGAUUUGAGACGGUAUAAUGCUCCCACAUCAAAGACAGAAGUUGCUGCCAUAUUCGUUGGAGACAAUGGGGAACCUCCAUCUAAUCGAGAUUUGUGCAUCUGUCCUGUUGCAGACUCUUACAAAAUUAUUUCUCCUAUGAAUCCAUGCAUUGAUCCAAUGGUCUAUCCACUUCUCUUUCCACAAGGAGAUUGUGGUUGGCAUGCUGAAAUGGAGAGUGGAUGUACAAGAGCGGCGUACUGCCAAGCGUAUCCGUGUAACCCAAUUACAGUAUUAUGCUUACAGACUUGCUAUCCGCAAUUUUCAAGAGACGACUCAAGAAAAUGUGAACGGUUAUCAGUUUACCAGAGAAGUAUUACAGAACUUAUCAAGGUAGGUAAAUAUGAUAUUGAUAAUCUUUGGGUUGUGCCUUAUAACCCUUGGUUAUCUAAGAAAUUUAAUGCUCACAUCAAUGUUGAGAUUUGUGCUUCGGUCAAAAGUGUGAAAUAUCUUUACAAGUAUGUUUACAAAGGCCAUGAUGCUGUAUCUAUUAAAUUGCAGCUAAACGAUGAUGUAAAUCACGAUGAGAUUAUGACAUUUCUAGAAGGACGCUAUGUCAGUGCUCCUGAGGCAAUGUGGCGGCUAAAUGAAUUUCAUACGUCUGAAAAAUCCCACACUGCUAUGAGGUUAGCUGUUCACUUACCAAAUCAACAACAAGUAAUUUAUCAGAGUGGUCAUGAAGUUGAAGCUGUUGCUCGAGCCUCCGCCAGAUAUACGACUUUAACAGCAUGGUUUCAAUUAAACCAAACUGAUGUUGAUGCCUGCAGAUAUUAUUAUUCUGAUAUGCCUCAUUAUUAUGUUUUUGAUCGUAGUAAUAAUCGGCGGAAAAGACGUCAAAGGGGUGGGGAUCAAAUAAUAGGCAGGAUGCCCGUUGUCAGCAUUCAAGAUAGCAAACGUUAUUUUUUGCGAAUGUUGCUGCUGCGGAAACCUGGUGCCAUUAGUUUUGAAGAUUUAAAAACAUCUAAUGGAAAUGUCUGUAUCAGUUUUCAGCAAGCAUGUAGGGAGCUUGGCUUUCUUGAAGGAGAUGAGCAUUGGCAUGAUACUUUGCGUGAGGCUUCACUAAUUCGAAUGCCACAACAUUUGCGAAUGCUUUUUGCGGUUAUUUGCGGAUUUGGUGAAGUAGAAGAUAUUCCUGCUCUUUGGACACAGCAUAGAGAUCUCCUUUGUAAAGAUUUUGCGCACCAGCACUCGGAGGAAACAGCAUAUCAGUAUGCUCUUGCUGAAAUAAAUGAUCUAUUGCUAGUUUAUGGGUUACAUCUGAAGAGAGUAAGACUUCCAGAGGUUAACUUGCCUCAUAUUAGCCAACUUUUACCAGCCUAUGAUGUGGUAGAAGAGCAGACAAAAGGUCAACUUAACUAUGGAAAGCUAAAUAUUCAACAACGUGCUGCUGUUGAUAAAGUUGUGAGUGCCAUUUAUAAGAAUGAAGUUGAAAAACUUUUUUUUUUAGAUGGGCCUGCCGGCACUGGAAAAACUUUUAUCUAUUCAACUUUGUUGCACUUAAUCUGUGGAAAAAGUCAUACAGUGACUCUUGUAGCAUCAACUGGAAUCGCGGCUGCUCUUUUGAAAGGCGGAAGAACUGCUCAUUCCAUAUUUAAAAUACCAAUUAUUUUAAACGCUACUUCUACAUGCAAUUUAAAACCUACUUCUCCAGAAGCUAUUCCAUUAUUUAAUUCUAAAUUAAUUUUAUGGGAUGAAGCUCCGAUGACGCAUGUGCAUGCAUUUUUAGCUGUAGAUAGAUUUUUGCAGGACAUAAUGAGCUGCUCACAUCCUUUUGGUGGGAAAAUUGUGUUGAUGGGAGGAGACUUUCGACAAGCUUUGCCUGUCAUUCCUAAAGGUUCCCGUUCGCUGACAAUUGAUGUUGGGUUGACUUAA